AGUGAUGAUGGCGGUGCGUGAACGCGCAGUAAAAGUAAUGGCUGCUCUUGAUCGGCGGGUGCCUAGCCUCGAUGAUUUCGUGGGUCAAAGCUGGACUGCCUGGGCCGAGUGGGCCGGUGUGGCAGCGGCGGAUGGUAAGAAAGCACACUGACGCAAACACUGGCAGCUACAAAGCCGUUUAAUGAAAGCAGCGGGGUUUAUUUUCGUGGAAACGGAGGACAGAGCUAACCAUGUUACCCAAACAAAGACCCUGCCGGGUCCUAGCGCUGGGUGGGUAACAUGUUGCUCUCCUCCAGGUCCCCCUGCAGACGCUGUCCUUAAGAAAAAUCUGCCUUAUAUAUUUUGAUAUAUUUCUAACAGUGAGUGCUUUGUGGCUGUGGUCAUGUAUCAAGCUGCCAGAGUUGAGUGGUUGUGUUUGAUUUGGGUGAAAGCAGCCGGGCAGCGGUGGCAUCAGAGCGGAAGGAGGCUAGUAUGGAUGCCGUGGAGAGCAACUUCUUACCGUGGAGAGCUAAGCUAGCUGUUAGCCUGCUGGGUCAAGCCAGACCAGCCAUUGAGGACGAGGCUUUUAGCGUUAGCGGGCUAAUGCUACCAGCAGCAGCAGGAGCAGGGGGACUGAGAGGAGACACCGGUGACGGAGGAGGAGUCUGAUGCUGGCCCAGCCUGUGAUACUGGCUAACGUUACUCUCUGUUCUUUCCGUUUAAUGUUCCCUUUGAAGGCUAACGAAGCCCCCUUCAUUUAGUUCCUUUAACAUUUACACAGGGGCGUGCCCAGACUUUUUUUGACUGGGGUGGCCCACCUGGGGCACAGACUCAUGCAGGGGGUGGCAUCAAGUCUGUCUGCACACACAGAGCACUACAUAGCAUUGAUUUACCCUGUCUAUCUCCACUAACCUGAUCUGCUGUAGCCACUAACAGUACAGUAUCAUACAGAGGUUUAAAUCCUGGGUUCAGUUUACAAAACUUAAAGGGAUGUUCCGGUGUAAAAUUAAUUUAGGGUCAAACACACCAUAUCACAGAGUUAGGGACCCCGUCGAGAGAUGAACGUUGCCGACUGCUUGUUUAUCCAGUUAUAUCAACUUAAGCAAAGACUGAACGUUAGCAAUACACCGUGGUCUACGUCUCCAUGCGCAAACCUCAAUCAAAAUAUCCCUCCAUAGCCACAAAUAAUGCUCAGAACAGCACCUUACUUCAUCAACAGUACAUAUAGGGUCCCAGCCAUAGUACUAGACACCAAACAUCUUUUAAACUUUGCCUAAUUUCUUAAGCAAAGAGACUAAACACAACCUACCCACUCUCUUCCAGCAGCCGCUUGUUUGUAGCGAGACCUCAGGCCAGUCCAUUAUGGACUGCAGCGGAGUUUCGCAGCUCAAGGAAGAACAUUUAUGAUAAUUUCUUUUUCAUUUCCUUGAAAUCAUAAUCACCUAAAUAAUCAUUUUGCACUGCAGACGCAGUAGUUCUUCUGCCUCAGCGUCUCUGUCUGAUUGCAUUUCCAUGAAGAAAUGAUCAUAAAUGUUCUUCCUUGAGCUGUGUCCCCCGCUACAGUUGAUGUACUGGCCUGAGGUCUCGCUACAAACAAGCGGCUGCUGGAAGAGAGUAGGUGAGUUGUGUUUAGUCUCUUUGCGAAAGAAAUUAGGCAAAGUUAAAAAGAUGUUUGGUGGCUGGGACCCUAUAUUUGCUGUUGAUGAAGUAAGUUGCUGUUCUGAGCAUUGUUUGUGGCUAUAGAGUGGCGUUUUGGUUGAGGUUUGUGUGUAGCUUCUUCGACCGCUGUGUGUUGCUAUCCUGUGGUCGUUACUAAAGUUGGUGUAACUAGAGAAGCAAGCGGUCGGCAACAUUCUUCUCUCAACGGGGUGUCUAACUCGGUGUUACGGUGUGUUUGACCCUAAAUUAAUUUUAUGUCGGAAUAUCCCUUAAAACACAACAAAGUGACAUCUAGGGCUGCAACAGAUCACAAACAUUACAGUUUGGAUAACGAGUCUAGGGUCAAAGUUUGGGUCAUAUCUUAAUAAGAAAAAUCAGAGAUUUAUAACUUUACUCAUCACCGAACAUUGGCUGCUAUCGAAAUGCAUCUCUGUGCAUCCCAGUAGCAGGGCUCAAAUAUCAUUAUUCUACAAAACCUUGAGAGCUAUUUCAACAUGUCAGUGCCAUAGAAAGGGGAAAAUACACACUUAACAAAGCAGUUAAAUCACGUGCAACGAAUCAGGAAUCAACUCAACUUGAAGUCUCUUGCUGUGUGGUUGUGGAUCAUGUUAAGUGUUGGUGUUCUCACGUCACAGUGUCAGGAACAUUCUCGCCGAGCAGCAACCCCUGGUCCCCAGAAAUGAAGCCGAUGCACAAGCGAGGCUGGCACUAAAAACCACAUGCUCUCUCAGCCAAGAAGAGCAGUUCUAAGACCAAAAAACUGAACACAGACAUGUUGAAGUUGUUAAGCUUACAAGAUCGACAAAAUAGGCGCAGCUGAUUUGAUUGACAGGUGUGCACACUGUAGCCAUUUGCAAGACGACUAAAGACCCGCUUCUGGUAGGUUGAGUCAGAAUUUCCAAUAUGGCAUCCACCGCCAACAGGCUUUAAAACUCCACUUCAAAAACAGAUGAGUUACAUUACUGACGCUUUUCCAGUUUUUAUACAGUUUAGUUCCCACUUGAGAUUAUCUGGACUUGAUCCUUAAAUGCUCUGAGGGGGCAAGCGGGAAAUACUGUACACACAUACAGCUCACCUGGAUGAUUUUGAGUGACUCUCAGGAACUUUGUGUGUCUUAAAGGGGCUUUGGUGCCCCUGUUUUCCUGUUCUGCUCAUAUUUUUGGUGCGUAACGACUAUUAUCACUCUCACCCUGGUUAUUGCACUAAUAGUGAUGCUUUGUCUGUGACCAGUGGUUCAAAGAAAGAGAAAACCAACACUGUUUAUAAUGUAUGUUUAUAGAUCAGUACAAAGUGAAGCAGUCUGUCUCAUUAUAAAUGUCUGCGUGGUGUAUUAGGAGAUCUUCUUCAUGCUGACUGAGCAGGCAUCACUUUGCUGCUACGGGGGUUUUCUUAAAGGGCUCAUAUUGAUGACCGCCCCUCUCGGUGCAGCAAAAUUCAAUUAUUCUCCUUGGAUUCAAUUAUUUUGCCAACUUUUAAAUUGGAGCGGCAUUGCACUGGUUGUGGCAACAUGUAAAUCUUAAAAGAUUCACUUUGUACAGAUUUAAAAAUAUGUGAAGUACUUGUAAAGAUGUUAAAGUUUUUUUGGGGCAGUUGACUCUGCAGUAGUCUGCUCACAGUUUUUAAUGGACUAAUUCUCGCCUUAAUCACCUCAGUUUGGAUAGACCGAAUGAAACAUCAGUAUCUCAAGGGAGUCAACCACUUAUCUUUGAAAAGGUGUUAUGAAGCCUCACCCUCGAUUUCACUUUAUUAGACAUACUGGUUAUGAUCAUCAUCUGUGCAGCUUAUCCACCUGGGUGUUAAGUUGGCCAUGCCCCUAAAUGUCCUUAGUAAGGUUUAUUGUAAUCAAAGUGGGAGAGUUGCGUACCCUGAAUGGUUUUUACAAAUUAAAAAAUGAAGUACAAAGAUAUUAACCAGGCUGUAAAAGCAUUCAUUCGUGCCAUUGAAAGUAAUGUAAAAAAAAAAGGGAAUGGUUAGUGACGUCUGAGGCAGAUUCUAGUUAGAAACACUGUCUUGCUCACCCCUCCUUUAGGUGACAUGACAGUGACCAGAAGCUCCUAUGUGAUCCUCUGUUAGUCAAGUUUUCACCAUCAAGAAUAUCUUAACAAUACAAAUGAUUUUUUUUGCACUACAACAGUCUCCCACUUCUUUAUCUUUAAACUGUGGCCACUCACUGCUGCUUUUGUGGUACAGCAGCUGCAUCUUGAGAUAACAAAAAUGAAACAAGUUUUGCAUUCAGGUGCACAAAUUUACACACACAUAUGAAUAUUAUUAUCAACCAGUUCUGAGAACAUGGGCUACAUUUAGAUUUAGGCAAAAAAUUAAGGUUAGGGGGGCCAAUAGCAGCCUGUACUGUCCUGAGCCACCCCUCUGGACUCCUCCUUACAUUUUUCUUUGUGAUUUAAAGUUUUGUGAAAGAAUGAUCUUUAAAAGUUCUCCUGUCCAUGCUCUCUACAAGUUUUCUGGCAUCUCUCUUGGUGCCACUGUGUCUAUAACUAUUUACUUAAGUUGUCCGUCACUAUUCAGUAUUCAACACCUUCAGCUCCUUCUUGUUGUUUGCAAACUGUGUCAGAACAAGUGAAUGGAAAGGAAACACCAGCAGCAGUCAGUGGAGACCGUGUUGACCUGCAAAUCACUGCUUUACAUAAUACAGCUUAAGGGUCUGUGUAUGAGCAGCUUUUGUGGACUACUUGGUUAGGCUUUGUCUCGCUUAUCAACUCCUGACAGCUCCUGACCUCCCAGAGGUGCUUAUUAAUCAUGUAUGUUGUCUGUGAUGUUGCAGGGCCUGAUGGGGACGACUGCAGCAAGAAUGGCAAAAAGGUUGCAGAGGCCAUGUCACUCAGUAAGGAGGGUAAGUCUGCACACUGUCAUUUAAACGCAGGAGUCAAGUAUAUAUUGCUGUUUAUGACACUUAAAAACCAGUAAGGGGACACACUCGUAAUCCUACAUGUUGGCUCCUGCUGAAGACUUCUUUGGUCUCUAACAGGGUCCAGUAAACCAAAGCACUCACCUGCUAAGACCAGGGCUAGCAUUAAGGCUGGGUGGCGUGUUGCUUAGACACCUUUGGCACCUGGCUUAGUGGUGUGAAGCAGCAGCUGUCAGCCAGACGCUCUCCCCUUUUGUGUUUGUGUGUCAGUCAUGUGUGGCGGCAUGUGUUGUCGUAUGAGGCUGCUCAGUCAUGAUUCAUCAAUGUCUAUCAUGUUGGAAAGGAUGCAAAAGAGAAAUGAAAACAGAAUCUGUGGGGGUCCACGUGUUUUCUUUGAUUUCAGGCUUUCUCUUUUUGCAUUUCCUCACAGAGUCCCCUCUGCAUAGAAACGACAAAGAGGGGAUGUUGGGUCAGUGGUGCCCGAUCUCUGAUAUCUGUAGGGGUCAUGCUGUUAAAUUGCGUCACCCCCUUUCUCAUUUGGUUCAAUACAAAAAAUAAAAAUCCCCUACACUGAUAGGCAUUGAUUGAAUGAGUUGUUUAAACAUAUAUCUACAUAUUAAUGGAUUAACAUGUAUCAUUGACAUCCUUAAAAAAAAGAUCAUUAUUGUGGCAUCAACAAGCUGCAGGAACUGCUACUGCAAUGCUUGUGAAGCACAACUCUUCUUUAACACUAGAAAGUUCUGCACUGUCAUCCUGAAGCACCAGGAGUUUUGGGAAAGUUUUUUAAAAAAGCGCAUAUCCCUGCUGUCGACUUAAAGGGAUAUUCCGGUGUAAAAUGAAUUUAGGGUCAAAUACACCGUAACACAAGGUUAGACACCCCCUCAAGAGAUGAAUGGUGCUGAAUGCUUGCUGCUCUAGUACCAACUUCAGCAACGACUGCACAAUAGCAAUACACAGAGCCACGCGCUCAACCAAAAAGCCACUCUAUAGCCACAAAUAAUGCUCAGAACAGCACCUAACUUCAUCAACAGUACAGUCCCAGCCAUAGCACUAGCCACCAAACAUCUUUUCAGCUUUGACUGGUUUCUUUAGCAAAGAGAGCAAACACAACUCACCCACUCUCUUCCAGCAGCUGCUUGUUUUUGGAGGAGCCUUAACAGGUUGAUCACCGAGUGCAGCGGAGUUUCGCAGCUCAAGGAAGAACAUUUAUGAUCAUUACUUAAUGGAAAUGCAAUCAGACCGAGACAGUGAGGCAGAAUAACUACUGCGGUGCAAAAUGAUUAUUAUGAUAGUUAUUACUUCAUAGAAAUGAUCCGCUGCACUCGGUGAUCGACUCAUCAGGGCUCCCCCAACAAACAAACGGCUGCUGGAAGAGAGUAGGUGAGUUGUGUUUAUGUGUUUAGUCUCAUUGCGAAAGAAAUCAGCCAAAGCUAAAAAGAUGUUUGGUGGCUAGUGCUAUGGCUGGGACCCUAUAUGUGCUGUUGAUGAAGUUAGGUGUAAUAAUCUGCAUCCUCUCAGCCACCUUUGCAUGCAAAUAAUAUUAAAAUCUCUGUAUUUGUGUUGAGAGUGAGUGAGCCAGGACUCAGCUAACGUGUGACUCGUUUAAUGCACUAGAACUGCUUGUUAGUGGACUCAGAGCCUGAUAAUGGUUAAUGUUUGUUUGAAAAAUACAGGUAGUUCAGGUACUGACUGAGCCUAUGCUACAUCUCAAAUGAUCAAAUUGGGCACUUGGAGUACUUUUAGUGGCAGUAAGUGGAUCCAGAACCAGCUCCCUGGAGAGGCUUUUGAGCCAUGCUGAGUCUGAAUGAUGUCAUAAACCCAGACAUUAAAAGCUUCUGGUUUCUGAUGCAUCUAAAUAAGCCCUUAUUUGUGGGUUGUGACUGACAAAGGCAACGAGAUCAAAUGAUCCUGUGGUCAAACUCCUUUGAGUAAUGCUAAGUAAAAUUAGCCUCAGUUUUGGUCUGGAUACAGCUGAAGGGGACAAGUGGAUACAAACCAUGCCACUUUGUAUAGUGUGUAUAGUUUAUACUUCUCCUUUAAUUUGUCGUUUUUCUAAAUCUGUGGACUCACAAAUAAGCCAUGGACUGAUAUAUCUUUGGAGUACAAAAGAGGAGGAGACCCAUUAAGACAUUGUGAGAGUGUCAAGACCAUCAGUUAUGAAUCAGCAAACCUGGUGACCAGUGAUCACGCUUACUCUUGUUAAAAAUGUUUCAUGCCUGUAUUUUUUUAACCUAAAUGACUUCAGGUUUCCCCAGUUUGAUAGAAGAUGAAUUUAGUAAUAUUUUCUACCUGUGUUUUGGUAUCGAACCAUAACUCUUUGAACGACUAAAUAUCAACCCUACCUGUCCCACUUCAUCCCUGUUUUCUCACUCUUUUCCUCUUCCUCCUUAGACAUGUCCAUCUUUGGGCUCUACCCCGGCCAUGAUGACUUCUACCUGGUGGUGUGCAGCCACUGUGGCCAAGUAGUGAAGCCACAGGCGUUUGAAAAGCACUGCGAACGGAGACAUGGCCCCCUGGCCAAACUGUACGCCAGACUGCGCUCACCCACCCCUGCACCCCAGCCCCAGCAGAGACCCCACCACAGCCACUCUCCUUCACACGGGACCAACGCUGCUUCUGCUUCUUCUUCUGCGUCUUCUUCCUGGGAAGGUCGUGGACAGGGUGUGGGACAGCUACGAGCAGCUCCACCUUCGCCUUCUACACCACCUCAGUACAGACACUCAAAGAACUCCAAAGAUGGAGUACGGUAAGAAAAGGCGGGGUUCUUGAGCCCUUUUGGCACACUUGAAUCCACCCUAGAGAGGAAGUAUCGUUUCUCAAGCACAGACAGCAUCGGCUUGUAUAAAAUAAGAUCAAUGUUAACUGCAGUGAGCUGGAUGUCUUGCUAGUAUUUGGUCCUGAUCUCCCCGUGCUUUCAUCCCAGAAUUCAUGGUCCAAGCCAGAGCCCCCUGAAUAGUGCUGGUCCAGUUUUUGCUAGGGAUGUGACAGUGUCAACAGAUCUGACUGAAGUCCCACAUUCAGAGCAAUCUAAAUCAAUGAGAUGAAAAUGACUGCCAAUACCUUUUUUAACAGCAGAGGGCACUAUCUGCACUUGACUUCUCAUGGCAUCAUAAUGUCUCUAAAGUUAUGAGCAAAAUACUAAAAGUACAGAUAUGAUCGCAGCAAAAUGCCUGAUCUGUGGAGGUUGGAGUGUCAGCAUUUACAGUGCAUUGACGAUAACUGGAGGGCACAUCUUUCCCACGUUUUUAGAUUGCGAUCAAAGAUUGAUUAACUUGUGAAAAUAACUUACUCUCUCACUUUACUCCUAAAGUAAGUGUGUCUCCACACCUGCUCUCCGGUUAUCAGAAAGGAGAGAUCUUUACGAAAUGCAAUUUAUAGACUUGCUAACUUUUUGAAACAAGUAAAAAAAAGGGCAAAUACAGCAACAAUAACAAAAACAGUCAAAAGAAAGGAGGAGACAAACUGUCGCCUGUAAAACAAAAGUGAAUGACCAUUUAAUCCUGAUUCUAAAGUCUACUCUUGAGUUGAAGGUCAGAGACAGACAGAGUCCUUAAAACACUGAACAAAAUUACUCAGACAUAAUUUGAACUAAAUGAAAGCCUCCACUUAAGGGUUUGGUUAAAUAUUAUACUUUUUUUUUGUUCCUGUUGGCUGUUCUUUCAGCUGUUUCCUUUUACUCCCGUAACUUUAUGACCUGACCAAUGUAUUAUGGAGACCUUUCAAAAUAAAAGCAGGUCAACCGUCAAAACAAGAAGUAAAGUAAUGCUGGGAUACAGUGAUAAAAAAGCUGAACACAGUCAUCACAAAUAACACUGUUUGAAGAAAUCUCUUAUCUGAGGCUGGACAGUACACAAGGUUGCUUAAAAUGUUAUUUAAAACCUUUAUUAAAACUCAUGACAGAAUUGAGCAGUGAACUGGAUUGCAGUGUAAGUUGAGGGGAUUUUUACAGCCCCUUUAUUUUGUCUGAUAAAUGUGGCCACCAUUGGUCCUCCUGGGUCAGCUUAGUUCACUUUGAGGUGCCGUCUCUUCCGCUCACCUUGCCCCAGUCCUCAUUCAACAGCUGCUCUGUGCGGGGAUGCACUUUGGGUUUAAAAACCUCCCACAUCCUCUUUACCCAAAUAUCUCCACUAUCAGUCUUUACACCAUCACUCGUGGGGUGCUUCAAGCCCCCAAAUCAGAAACAAAAUAAGCCAACUUGCAGAAAGCAGCAAACAUCAGUCUGUAGCUUAAUAUGAAAAUAAGAGUGUUUAGACCGAGAAGUAAAAGACAAAAUGAACAUAUCUGAUUUAUUUGAUCAGAACUUUUUAGAAAAGUUUAAAGAUUUGUUUUGUACAGUUAUUACUGAGGCUCUGUUCAGGUUCAUGCUCAGGUUUUGAGAAGAGCUGUCUUAAACUCAACCCUGUGCCUACUUUGAGUUGUGACCUGCAGGUUUCAGUGAAGCUGUGCAAGUUUAAAGAAAAAUUUGAGUAUUCAUCCAAAAAGUGUGGCUAAUUAAAACUGCCCAUGAUUUGAGCAGGAAUUUAUUUAAUAUUGAAAUAGACCUUUAACACAAAAGUCAGGUCCUGUUGGAUAAAAUUGUGGACAUCACCAGCACUGCAGGCUGUCCCAGCUUAGGUUAUUGUGCAUGUUCAGGAGGGCUUGUUUUAAUGUGACAGAGACAUGGCUCAACUUUAUUGAUGUAGACUCAAACUGUGGCACAUUUUGGAUGAAACUGCAUUUCACUUUUCGAGAUAAGUGGAUCAGUGUCACUCCUGUGUCUGUCUGCAGCUUUAUGAGCCUGUUGGUUUGGCUGUCAUCUAUCAUAAGUGACAAACUCUGUUCACAGACAUCUCUAAAACUCACUUCUUUACUCAUAUUCUUUUGUUCAUCUGCAGAAAACCAAAGUAUAAAAACAACACUUGCCACUUAAGGGGAUUAUAUGCUGGAUUGUAGCAGAUUCCUGACCUCUUGUCUGCAUCAUUAGGUUUCCAGUGCAGCUGAGACAAAAUCCAGAAAGAAUCCCAUGUUUGUUAUCUUUUUAAAAAAAGUUAUUAAAGAAAGCUUCGACAUCAGUGAGAAGAUAGCUGAGAAAGCUACAGUUUUUAUAACAUUUCUGUCAGCGUCAUGUCACUGUUCGACGCUAGUUAGAAUAUCAAAACACUCCUUAAAAGAUCAUGCCCACACCUAAACUGAAUGUCAAAACCGAUAUGAAUUAAAAAUAAAUGAAUAGAUAUCAGGUGACAGGUGACCAAAACUUUAAUCUCUUGUGAGGGUUUUUAUGUUUAUUCUACCAAAUAUAAUUUAUAUGAAUACAUUGAGCAAACAAGACCAUCAGUGACAACACUGAAAAUUUUGACCCGAGAGACCGAUAUAUGGCGUCUUAAAAGCAUCAGUCUGCGCUCAUGGGACUAGUAAGAAAAUGAAUAAAUAAUGUCUGCAGACACUGCCGGCAGCCUCGUCAGUAUCUCCUACAGUCACUUGAUGGAUGUACAUGAGCAGGCUGUGCAAAGAGUAUAUGUAUAGGUAUAAUUUUUUUCUAUAAGUGUGCUUGUGAUUAAGCCUGUCAACAAACAUUUUAUGAUAUUUGGUGAAAAUUUUAAUUUGGUCAGCCAGGCAGCCAAAGAAACAGCUCUGUUCUUAGUGCACUUUGUUCAAAAUAUAUGAAAAACAACGCCUCAUCAUAUCAGACUUAAAUGAACUGAUUCUAAAAAAAAAAAAAAAAAUGAGUAAAAGUUCAGAGGUUAAUAUUCUGCAUAAUGAUUGAAAAAAAAAACUGCAUCUGAGAAGUCAUUUAAAAAUGAUCUGACCCGUAUCACUUCGCAAGGCAACAAAGUUCAGUUUUGUACUUUUUCUUCCCUCACUCAGACAUUCCCCACUGGAGAAAUCCUCCCACAGCAGCCACGCAGAGUCAUCAGUAUUCAAGCAGCCUCCACCUCUGGAGCCUCCCAUGAACUCUCCACCUCCGUCACUCAGAGAUCCGCCCUGGCCGCACGGAGGAACCCCGCCAGGUCGACCAUCGCCCGGUGAGCGACCCCCAUCGCAGAGCCAGAGGAAAGACUCUUCUCUGGUCUCUGCAGUGCCACCGGGCCACCGGAUCCCCAGACCCUACAACAAAGUGGCCUCCAGUGAGUACAAAUGCAAAAUACACACACCUUCAUGUGCUUCAAACCAUGUGAUCGAGGAAAAACGUCUAUUAGUCUGGGUUUGCUUUGUUUUUAUCAAGUAGACACAACCCUGCCUUUAUUUGAGGACAGGCAUCUUUGUGAUACUGGCUCUAAAUUUUUUUUAAAACAAAACUUUCAUGUGGCACAGGGAGAAAAAUGUUGCUUUAAAACCUCUUUGAGUUUGUGCUUUUUGUCUGAGUUCGUAAUCGGUUAAUAUCAGUAACAAGUUUAAGUGCUGUGUGGAUGUACAGGCCCAUAAAGCUGUCUAAAUGUUUCAAUAUCAUCAUUGUGUUAUGAAAAAUGCAUCUCAUGUCAAGUUGGCCUGGCGUGAUAGAUUCACCUGCGUUCCCCUCUUUAAAGUCACUGAGUGCAGAAAAGUCUAACUCAGGGGUGGGCAAUCAUGUGCCAUGGCGGGCCGAGAGGCUGCAGGUUUUCUUUCCAACCUAAAACUCCACCAGGUGAUUUCACUGAUUACCUCACCUCCAAGCAGAGAGCAGGGACUAAUUAGUGAAAUCACCUGGUGGAGUUUUGGGUUGGAAAGAAAACCUGCAGCCUCUCAGCCCUCCAUGGCACAUGAUUGCCCACCCCUGGUCUAAGUCAUCCCCUCUGUCACUAAAGUUUUGGCCUUCACACUCAUCGUCUUAUAGGAGGUUCUAGCCAUAGACUGUAUAUAGAAUGGACACCAUCUGCCUCCUUGCUAGCCUGGCUGGGCCUUCCUGUUGCGUGAAUCACUUGCCGUUCCUUCCCACAACAGUCUGGACUUCGGCCCAUUGGGAGCGUGUAUUAGCGAUCAGAAAAUAACCGGGCCAAUCAGAGACUGUGUUUCCACUGUUCCCCGGACAACAGGGAAAGGCAGCCCCCGAUUGGUCCAUGUGUAGAUGGUGACGUCUAACACAUGCUGCGGGACUUUUCAAAGCCGUUCAUUCAGAACGCCGUUAAUUCUGCAGUUGACUCUGCAAAGUCGGCAGAAAUCGUUUAGAUCCGCAGAAGAUGUCGGGAUAUAAACGAUCACCUUCUCGCUGCAGUCGAUUAAGCUGUUGAUGCCAUUGGCUCCAGCAAGUUUGACUUUUUUUAACAGUCUUUUUUUUUAACUCCCUUUUAAGAUUUGAUGCUUAAACUUGACUAUCUGACAGCGUUUAGGUUUCACUGUUCUCUCUGUGACGCUUCACAUUUAAAGGAAGUAAAAGAAGGCGCCUAACCUCAUAGAGCAUGAGACAGAAAGUUCAUGUGAACAGGCGUCUAACUGAGACUGGCAUUUGUUUGUUAAGACAUACCGCCAAGUCCAGUUUGUCCAUCAGAAUCAGCUUUCAUUGGGAUUGGCUGUUUGUUGGAGUUUCAGGGUCUGAAAAAGUAAAAGAUUGCAGGAACACACAGACCUUCUCUUCUUGACUCCAUGAAUACUUAACCCUUUCCAGGAAUCACAGGGUUGAUUUUGUCCUACUUGUGUAUACCUGGGAGUCUCGUGCAGCUCAGACUGAGGUUAACAUCCACAGCACAUGACAGGUUUUGUUUGCUUUGAUCGCAUGUUUACAUUUGAGAUCACACGUCGAAAUGAGCUCAGACUGACGGCGACACAGGGGAGCCUGUUGGAGAAAAUACUGACUCCAGACCGUCGUUUGAACAUUUCAUAUAUGAACUUGUCAACUUUUCGAGCAGUAAACACUGUGUAGUGUUUUCUGAUAUUACAAGGCAGGAUUAAAAAACCCUUAAGACUUGAUGGCAUCAACAUUUUUCUCUCUCAGUAGUCAACAAAUCAAAGGAUGGAUCAGCUGUUCAAACAUGACCCAUCAGAAGUAGUUUGGAUGUGUUUUAGGACACAAAAAGUGAAUUAGAUGUAUUUUAUCUGGUGCUUUGUUUUUCAUCUCUGCUGAAACCUUCUGUGUCCACCCACAAACUCGUCUUAUUCAAGUAUGAUGAUGAUGUCUGCUUGUUUUUCAGGCAGUGUUUUUAUCUGUCUGGACGCUCUGAAGCAUUUUCUUCUUUCUCGAUUUGUACGUCUUGUAUUCCUUUCCUUGCCUCUCCUCCUCCUCCUCCUCCUCCACCUCUUUCACGAAUCAGUCCCUUCAACCUAAGAUGAGAGCAGAGGAGGCAAGGAAGAGACACGAGAAAGAGGAAUGGAAGCAACAGGCGUUUAACAAAGUGUGACAUCUGUGCCGUGGAGCUGUCAUUUUAGACCAAAGCCAAUUAGUUCUGAAAUGUGGCACAGCAGCUCUGUCGCCCCAUUGUUUUGUCGUGGCUCACUGUUUUAUUCUAUGAUCCGUCAGAUGAGCACAACAGUGUUCAUAACAAUAAAUAUCAUACGGCUUUACAAAUUACAGGAGGAAGCCUAGUUAAAAUGUUUCAACAAAGACACGAGACAGAAACGUAUCCUGUUAUAUAAACAUUCAACUUUUAUCACAAGUAAGCGUGCCAUUGUAAAACUGUGUUCCUGUAAUAUUAGUAACAAGUCUAUCGGUAAUACACAGUAUGUGAGAACAAUUGUAUACAAAAAGCUGCAAUUUACAUAUGCCUGAGUGUGUGUCUCUAAGCAUUAUAACCUCUAAUCUGAUUGGUUGGAGUGUGUUCGGUCAGGCUACUAGGGAUGGGCGAUAUGGGCUAGAAAAAUUUAUCACAAUGGGAUUUGCCAUUCUGGCGAUAACGAUAAAAUAUCUGAUAAAAAACAUUAUAAUUACAUUUUAUAUUUUUGACUCAUUUUGAUUCGAUAACACCAGUUGGAAUAGUCAAAUAAGAUAAAUGACCACAAGUUUGAGUGGUAGGUUAUGGAGAAAACUAAUGACAUCAAACAAGUCUGAGAUGUGAAAACAUUUUCAACCUUAGUUGAAAACCCCAACCUUGAAGGAAAUCCCUCAUGUGGAGCCUCGUUCAGUAACGGGCUGCUCAGAAACGUCUUCUUCAUUACCUUCGGCCAUGUUUGUUUGUUAUUCUGAUCUGUGUGGGCUAUGGCUGUGAGUCCGUCGCUCGCGCUUAUGUUAACAACUCGCAUCUAUCGUAUUUAUCAUGAGAUGGCAAAUAUUUAUCAUGGAGGAUUUUUCUGACGAUAUAUCGUGAACAAUCAUUUAUCGCCCAUGCCUAUCUGCUAUUCCGACUGAUUACGAUUGUGUGCACACAGCAUAUUUGUUUACUUGCUUUACUAAACAGCCCAGGUAAAGAGAGACGACAAAAGAGUCUCAGAGGUCAUUUACACCUGGUUUCAACAUUACAUAGACGUUGACAGCUCUGCGUGCAAGUGCUCACACUUUACAUUUACAUGCAUCUCACGAGUCCCUACUGAGCACUCUGUUUAUAUCAGCUCUACAGCAUUUCUAUUUUUGUAUUCAAAAAUUGAUAUUUGUGCAUUUAAAUCAAGGAAUAUGUAUUUCAAAACAACCAAUCUCUGCAUAAUUCUUGUUAGCUAUGACUAAUGAUACUAUUAUAUACUAUUAUAAUUGAAUUUCUUUUCAGGGGUAAAUAAAGUUCUUCCUAUCCUUAUUAAUUACUGUAUAUCACAGUAACUGAUUGCAUUUUGGCCACUAUAAUCGCACAAUUAUAUUAUCUUGCCACACUAAAAAAAAAGAAAAGUACCGAUGAAAAACUUUCAUAGGUGUGAUUUUCUGUUUGUCUUUCACUUUGCAGUUCUCUAUAUAUCACAGAAAGAAAAGAUGUAGUAGGCUCAGUUUCAGUCAACCUGCAGCAGCUCUCACUCAGAAUCCAGCAUCAUUUAUUCUCAUCAUAGUGGUUGUAUAAGCUUCCAGGAGGAAAACCCAGCAGACUUGAAUCUUGCAGGGAGUUCUUAAAACGCACAUUGGUCAAAAGCAGAGCUGAAGCACUUGACAGCCUCUGUAGAUCUGAGUGUUUUGAAGUAAAGGCAUAUCUUGGCUGAUGGACGCCUGAAAAUCUUGGCUGUAUUACAGAGAAGAGUACAGCACAUGCAGCAGGUUGCUUUUAAAUCAAAUUCCUGUGAAAAUGUACAGAGUAUGUUCAAUUCUUCUGAGCCGUCUUCGUAAAUAAAGUGGCCUUGUGGCUCAGAGAUGUCCACAUCUUCAGAGUCUUUGUUGCCCGUGUGAAGCCAAAUGAUGAGAUUCUGUGUGUGUGUCUCCUCAGAGAGGGAGUGUGACUUGGACAAACACUGCGGCGUCCUUGACCCGGACAGGAAGAAGGUCUGCACUCGCCUCCUGACAUGCAAUGUAAGCUCCAAACAAUCACACACACUCCCACUCACACACACACUGCUUUUCCUACCUCAGUGUCACAUGACUCUGUGAUAUUUCUCUCAUCUCUCUCUUUUCUGUGUGAAGAGAAAGGUUUAGAGUCUUGAGGUAUUUCUUGAUCUACCAGGUAAAAAUCUGAGCCGAUGCAUAUACUGGGAGGUUGUGGUCCCUUCACUGCUCGGAUAACUCCAAACAGAUCUAAAUGACAAUGUGCCUCAAUCAGCAGACAACAAAAAGAGACCAUUUGAUGGAUAGCUUUCUUUAGUUGACGUUACUUAUAAAGAAUCCUGGUCAGUUCAGCCCCUUAAUUGGGAAACUGUCUGGAGCACUGGUGCAAAAACAAGACGGGGUCUACUCUAUCAAGCAGUUUUUCCCAUUUUAACAUCGCCCAGCUCAAACAGGUCCAUCCAUGAGGAUGAGAUCCCAGCCUACACAUCUGCACCUUCAGGUAACUUGGGACCUCUCCAGUUCACACAGAAGUGUCUCCCCUCCCUCUUUCAGUCUGUUGAGUCUUGUUCUUAUGAAAGAGGAUAAGGGCCACAAGAAGAAAAAAAAAAUUAUUACAGGAGGGAGAUUUUUUUUAAUUUCCAUUUUAGGAUUAAAGUCGAAAUUUAAAAAAUUUGAGAUUAAAGAAAUUUUGAAUAAAGUUGAUAUUUCGACUUAAAUCCUUAAAUUUCAAUUUUUUAAUCUCAAAAUUUCGACUUUAUGACAUUUUGUGAUCUCAAAAUUUCGACUUUAAUCUUGAAAUUUCAAAUUUUAAUCUCAAAAUUUUGACUUAAAUCUCCUUCAUGUUAUUAUUUUUUUCUCUUCAUGUGACCCCAGCCCUGUUUUUUAUGUUCUUCCCCCCAAUAACUUUGGUUCACAGAGAUUUCCUUCUGUGCCCAAAUUAAACAUCAAGCCACCAUCUUUGUCAGAAGAAUCAUUGAUGUAUUAGACUGGCUGAAUUUUGUCUCCUUUUAAAUAGAGUUUUGCUUCUUAAAACAAUGUGAAAACAAACGGGCUCUGGCAGCCAUAUAACUGUUUGGGUCAGGGGUUUGUUAAAUUAGCCAAACGAUAUUAGUAGAGAUGACCCCAGAUCACCUGACUUCCAGUUGUCCAGCUGCUUUUUCUACAGAAGGACAUCCUCUGUAAUUUAUACAUGUACUAUGAACAAGUACCUCAUACAGCCACGCUUCAAAGAAACUGAACUAUCCCUGCAGAGCUGUGAGUUUUCAGAGGCAUGGCUGACUGGCAGACUAGCUGGCUAGACCCGCCUCAACUCUCCCUAUUUGCCUCCAGCUGGCUCAGUCGAUACAGUGAGGUUAAAUCAAGCGACAACCUCUGGUCUUGAGAAGUGAACAUACUUAGCCAAAUGAGACGUUUUUUGAGUCAAAACGAAACAUGUACGACCUGGGUCAUAAACGGUUCAGGUCUGAGAGGGGCAGAAUUCCCACAGCACUCACAGUACAAGGAGUGAAUAUUUUUCUAACACGUCAGGGUUACAAGCUCGGCCAAUCAGAGGCCCGGCUAACUUGACUGCCAGUUGGGCACACUAGAGCCUUUUACGAGGCGGCUGAAGCUAGGUCCCCUGAGAGUUCGAUUGAGCGCCGCUGACAGAAUUCAAAACAGUGCUUCAGGAACAAAUGAGUGACAUCAACACUAUGUCAAAUUAUUACUGUCUGUGGCUUAAACCAGCAUUUCCAAUAUGACUAUCUCAGUCGCUGUCUGCUGAUCUGUUUCAAGUAGGCCUCUGUUGAGGGUAGACACUUGGUGUAACACAGAUGCUUCACUCUGGUUUACUUCAGUAGUAUGAACUCAGAACAGAAGCAGAUUUUUAUGUGAUCCUCCUCCAUGUUUGUUAUUCGAACAUGUGCUCAGGUGUUGAUUAAAUACUCCACAUCCAGUGUUUUUAAAAGUCGCAGUGAAGGUUGUUAUAAGUCAGUUAAAGUUCAUGUGUAAUCAAAGGAGAUGCACUGAUGCACUCUGUCUGAUACAGAGAGCUGAAAUGGCUCCCAGCACAGCAGCAGUCCUUAUAUGGAGGCUGCUGUGUGAAGGGGGAAGUGAGUGUGAGAGGCCACAUCCAGCCGAGCACAGACAGGAUGACCUGAUUAACAGGAAAUGACAGUACUGACGGGAAAAACAAGCAGGAAAACAGCCUGCUUUUUUACACCUGGACUGGAGGUGAACACACUCAAAGUGGGCGGCUGUGUUUUCUCCUCCACCUGCUCCCAUGAAAGAUGAAUGCUAUCAAGUAAUGCUUAUUAUACCAACUGAAACUGGAAAUGUGUUUAUCAGGCACAUUGAUGUAGAACUUCAGUGGCUGUACCAUCGUGUCGUCUUCAUAAAGCCGUCUGGAAAGUGUUGCAGAUAGUCAUUCAUUAUUCAAACUCUGAAUGGACUAGUUCUCUGAAGCUGUUUUUACACAUCCACCAAACUCUUCAAGGACUUGAAGAGGACCCCAACUUUGCCAGCUUCUAGGGAAAAAUCCCGCAUUAAGUCAGGCUAAGCUGAUGUGAGACCAAAUAGGAAAUAAUACUGUGGAAUAUUUACCUUAAGCAAGCAGGUAGGCAGGGAUGUUGACAAUACCACUGUGACAGUCUGCAGCCGUUUACUUGAAACUGAAACUGACACCCAUUUUGUGUCCUCCUUUACAGAUCCACUCAAUUCACCAGCGUAGGAAGGUGUUGGGCCGCAGCAAAAACUUUGACCAGCUCGUGGCUGAACUCAAGACCAAGGUUCGUGAGAAAGGGGCCCAAUCUCUGGAGGGAGGCUCCUCCACUGGACGCUCUCCCAGCCCCGAGGCCCCCAGAGAGCAAGCUGGGGCUCCACACUGCCGGAGACCUCUGGCCAGCCUCCCUGCUUUCAGGUUAGUGAGCUUUACACAAACAUACAGGUACAUCUGAGGGAAUUAGAUCACUAUAAUAACCUUCAUUUAAAAAACAAUAAAGUUUCAUAUAUUGUUAAAUUCUUGGCAUGUUAUAUGAAAUAUUUCAGACCUCUAUUUUUUAAAUUGAGAUGUUUUUAAGAGUAUUUCCUGAGAUCAAUCAAAAAUCAGUAAUCCAGAGCUUUGGGCUCCUUAACCAGGAAUGACUUCAUCUGGCAUUGCAUGCAGAUGAUCAUCCUUUUACACUGCACGUGUUUCUCAAGCCUAGGUUGCUUUUAUAGCAGUCUCAAACCGGUCUGUAUUUUUGGGUCAGGUGUUCCUCAUCUUCUUGAUACAGUAGCAUUCUCGUCAGCAAACCACUCAGUAGUAGAUCUGGCGCUGUGGGCAGGUGCUAAAUCCUGCUGGAAAAGGACAUUGGCACUGCUGUAAAGAUUAUCAGCAGACUGAAGCAUGAAGAGCUCCAAAAUCGCCUGCUAAAUCAGCUCUGUAGACUUUUGACUUGCCAAACAGAACACAGUAGACCAACAGCAGCAGAUGACGUGACAUCCUGAACCAUCAAGGACUCUAAAGACAUCAUACUGGACGUCAAACACCCUCAAUUCUGGGCCUCUCUGAUCUUCCACCUGAUUCUAGGAAAAAAACAGACCUUAGACCAGUUCUCUUUCUUCUUAGCCCAGGUGAGACUCUUAUGUCUCUCUCUUGAUAUCAGGAGUAAGUGCUCAUAGCCUCUUUCCUCAAGAUGUCUGUGUGUAGAGGCUUCUGAUGCCCAAACUCCAGCUUCACCCAGUCCUUGUGAAUGUCUUGAAUCUCUUUUUUGACCAUCUACUCAAGGCUGUAUUCAACUCUGUUGCUCGAGCACCUCUUUCAACCACUCUUUUCACUUCCAGUCAUCUCACUGCUAAAACUCCUCGAGGCAGCACUCUGUGAACAGCCAGUCUUUUCAGCAGCGACCUUCUGUGGUUUGCCCUCCUCUUGCUGAUAAUCAUCUCCUGCACAGUUAACAAGUCAGCAGUUUUUCCUGUGAUUGUAAUUUCAUGUUUUGAUAUUCACAGAAUUUCUACGGGCUUAAUAGUUUAAACUCAAACUGAGGAGAUAUACUCAUAUCUGAGAUUUUUUUUAUUUUUGCAUUUUUUGUCUGUGCUUCAUUAUUAUCCCAUUAAAAAUUUUGAAAAUGCUUAAAACACUUAGUUAAAUGGAUACUCCAACUUAAAAUUAAGUUAUGGUCAAACACACUGUAACACAGAGUUAGACACCCCCUCAAGAGAUGAAUGUUGCGCACCGCUUGCUUCUCUAGUUAUACCAACUUUAGUAACAACCACAUGAUAGCAAUACACAGCGGGCUACGUCUCCAUGUGCAAACUUCAACCAAAAAAGCCACAAAUAAUGCUCAGAACAGCACCUAACUUCAUCAACAGUACAUAUACGGUCCCAGCCAUAGUGCUAGUCAUCAAACAUCUUUUUAGCUUUGCCUGGUUUUUUAGCAAAGAGACUAAACACAACUCACCCACUCUCCUCCAGCAGCCGCUUGUUUGUGGGGGAGCCCUGACGAAUCGAUCAAGUGCAGUGGAUCAUUUCCUUAAAGUUAUAAUAAUCAUUUUGCGCUGCAGACCCGGUAGUUCUUCUGCCUUAGCGUCUCGGUCUGAUUGCAUUUCCAUGAAGUAAUGAUCAUAAAUGUUCUUCCUUGAGCUGCGAAACUCCGCUGCACUCGGUGAUCGACUCAUCAGGGCUAGAACUACGUGCUGGGACCCUAUACUGUUGAUGAAGUUAGGUGCUGUUCUGAGCAUUAUUUGUGGCUAUAGAGUGGCUUUUUGGUUAAGGUUUGCGCUUAGGGAAGUAGACCACUGUGUAUUGCUAUUGUGCGGUCGUUACUAAAGUUGGUAUAACUAGAGAAGCAAGCAGUCGGCAACAUCCAUUUACUGUGAAACUUUCUUUAACAUUAAAACCUCCUAUUUUUCACAGGAACUAAAAGCAAAGAAACAAAAUAUUUAACUCUUAAGGGUUGAAGCUGAGGAAGGAUUAUGAUUCAAACAGCUCUACCUUUUACAGCCCACUCAUUUAAACACACACAGUGAGGGUUUUUAUCUAUCUUAGUGAAGUAGACACAUCGUUUGGCUUGCAGCAGUGACAAAUAAGCCUGUGAAAUCCAUGCCUGCAGAAGCAGAUGCUGCAAAUUGGUUAAAGUGAACCUUUACUUACUGUCUCCAUAAAAGUCACUUGUCAGUAUUCACAGUCUGCACUCGGCUCAUGAUUAAACCUCUGAAUUACAAAACGUUACAUAACAUAAUCACCAAAUAUAGCUACUGACAGUUUCACUCCUCUGUGGUUCUCACACAGACUCGCUCAGACUGUCUUAUACUCCUCCUGUUUUUCUUCAGAAGAUCCUAAACAUCAAUAUCUUUAGAUUAACAAUUUGUCAACACAAGGUCUACAUGAUGGGAGAAAAAUGUACAAUGUGCAGUAGCAGAAUUUAAAACUGUGGAGAGACAGUUUGAUGUGCAGUAAGUAAACAAGUGAAAUUAGUACUGAAUCUAUUGUUGGAUAGAUCCAAAUAGGAGAUGCCACAUUUUUAAUCACAAUUUUAAUCAGGACACAAAUACUUUCACUGAACACUGAGACAGAGAUUCCAAAAACUAAGAGCAGCAGGCAGGUUUCUCCUGCAUAUUCAAGUAUGUGGCGGCUGCCCCUGGCAAAUUUCAUACCGCCCCUGGUCUUCAGGGUCUCUUCAUGAUUGUUUUCAUUAAAAAAAAAUCAGUUUUUCAAGGACAGCACUCGGUGAAUUUGUUGUUUUAAAGUGCACCUCCGGCAUUGUAUGCUAAUGUGGCAGGGGUGCUGCAUCAGAGCAGUCCAGAGCACCUUAAAAGCACCCUUCCACUGCUGUCGAAAGCGAAGUAAAAGUGAGACAGUUUGACUGAUGACACAGUAGAAGCUACGCGUGAGGGGGUCUCUACAGAAUAUCUGGAAAUGAAACUAUGACAUGUGAAUGUCUGAGUGAACUUAACACCUGCAGAACAAACUCUGGUUCGAGGCGGCUGUAUCUGCUUUAACAGAGACUCAUAACUGCAGUGCAUUUGUUGCGUCUUCUUUGUGUCAGAUGGGACAGUAAAUGUAGGGAGUACAGAGUGAGGUAUGACAUGCAGCAAAGGGCUGUGCCUGACAGUCCAACCACUCCAUCCUGUCUCUGGUUGUUAACUUUAAGGAGUUGCACAGCCAAUAAUUCUGGAAUAACUUUGGUAAAAGUAAGAGAUUGUUAAGAUUUUUAUGCCUACCUGUGUGGAAGUUUUACAACAGCUGAUUUUUCUCUUUGUGUGCAGUCGGUCCACGGCUGCUUCAGAGAGCACCCCAGAGGAGGAGAAGCCACGGCAGGAGGAGGGGAGCGUCCGAGCCCCCUCACCUCUCGUCCAUGGACGUAUCUCCAGCGACGAAAGCGACGCAGAGGGAGCGGAGGAGCAUGUUGAGUUCUCGUCUUCUGCCACACAUCCCAGACCACUAGCGGUGAGUAGCUUAGACUUCAGUUUCACAUUGAGAGGCACUUAGCUUCACCUGAUCUCAAGUCGAUAAAUCAACUUUAUUUACAGUCACAUUUUAAAUGGUUAGGCUCCUCCAAUACUAGAACACAGGGUUCCUACACAGUUGGAAUUUCCAUACUUUUCCAUACCCUACUUUUUAGAAUUAUUUUUUGAAGUACUUACUUUUCUAUUUUAGAAAACAGUAUUUUUGAACUGCGGUAAUAGUCUGGAAACAUAAAUAUUUUUCCAUACUUUAUUUUUCAUUUUUCCAUAUUUGUUAAGACCUGGAAAUUGAUCAAAUUUAUUUCUAUACUUUUUCAUACUUGCACCUGCAGGACAGUCAAACAGGCACAGAGAUAAAAGAAGGACAACUUUCUCAUUUAACUUUUUCAGUUCUUCCAUCUGAUGCUCAUGAAAUAAUGUUCCUGGAUGUCUUGGCACCAGGCAAGUGAGGGAGUGUUUUAGCGUUACGCUUUUUCAAACACCAGUUUUUAAAAUUUUGAAUAAAAACCCAUUAAAGGUGGGGUAGGCAGGAUCUGAGGAAGUGCCAGUUUUUGGGAGAAAUCUUAAAUGUAAACACUACCCCUACCAACCAGUUUUCCUCUCAGCUCCUCCUCUCCCCUCAGUCUCUGCUUCAGCAAGCCCCGCCCACAAACAGACGCUCCUGCUCACUUGUAUCGUUCCAGUUAAAUUCAGAUAUAAUGCGGAUAAAUACUUCAGAUAAUUACAAAUGAGGCCCAGUCAAUGUAAAAGUAAAAAGCAUUGGUGCUACUGUAGAUGCCAACAGACUACCAGCAAACAUAAUGUUUGCAGGACUUCUACAACUAGGAUGAAGUGACAUAGUCCAGGACCUGAGGUAAACAGUUUAGUGGCGCUACAACACGCAGCAGGUCCCAUUUGACAAGAAACACUUCUGUUAUACUUGGCUUACUUUGUUAAAGGGGUUUACCUGUCCUGCAGAAAGGUUACAGGCUCUGUAAGAUUUAUGCUAUGUUGACCCGGCUUUUUAGUUCUUGCCCAGCUUUUUAAGCGCCCGUUAUUCCUCCAGAGUCUCCGGUAUUUACUUUGUUUUCUUGCUUGUGUUGGCAGUCGUGGUCAAAGGAGGAUUCAGACAAUUUUCCGAAUUUUCUGGUUGGCUUCUACUUUCCGAUAUUGUAGCACGCUAACUUUGUUUAAGCUCGUGAACGACAUGGGGGAGCAGUGUCUGCCUCACAACCAAUCAGGUUGGGGGAGGCGGGGAACGGCUUUGUUUACAGUCAGAAAGAGCGGAGCGCCUAAAAAAUGUAAAAUGUUGACUACACAGACAUAACAAAACAUAGUGAUAUGGUUAUAUUCCCAAAUGUCAUCAAUAACUAAUAGCUAUGAUAUGAAAAGCUUUUUUGUAUAAACACCACAAAAAAAAAGAUGCUUCUUUAACGGAUUCCUGCCUACCCCACCUUUAAUAAAACACCAGUACAAAUGAUCCUCCAUGCUCCCCGUGCUUUUCUGUCACAGGUGAAGAUUUUUUUAUGUCACAAACAAGAACUUUUGUUCAUCAUGAGAGCCUCAGGGUUAUGACAGUUAUGUCACACACUAUAAAGACAUUGUCUAUAGAGAUGAGAUCAGAGGAAACUUUUCCUUUUUAAAGGACUGAAAACAGCAAAUCCCAUUUGUUGAGAGCUGCUUAGUAGGCUGUGUGUCUUCCUGCAAGUUAAAACUCCAAACAAUGCAGAUACCUGUUUCAGCAGCACAGCAAGGAUCCUCCGAGAAUCUGCGGACCAAAACAAAUAGUUCUCAGUUACCAUUCAUUGCACAAAAGUGUGUCUGUGUCUGCAGAGUGUGCUUUGAAACAUUUCAUACUGUAAGUCAAACAGGUCUACAAGAAACUCUUAAUAAUCAGCAUUGAGACAGUGAAUCACCUGAUGAUUUACACAAUUACUUCACAGAUGUUAUUUACUGAUCAGCUUAUUAACUCCCUUACACCCCAGACGUGCUAAUUACCAUCUCAAUUCAAGCCAUGUUUUUACCCUUCACAUAACCACUGUUAGUGCAAGACAGAUAACCUAGUUUCAAUGUGUAGCGUGGUUACUAUAGCAACGUGAGUUUGCUCCACUGUAGAGAGGUAGGAGGAAGAAAGAGCGAUGAGACAGAGAGAGGAAGGUGAAGUGUGAUAAAGUUGAGAUUUGAAGGUGAGAGACUGUAAAUGUAAAACUCAGACAGCUCCAGCUCUUUGCUGUUACAGUAAAUGUCAGUGGAUAUUUAAACGACAGACAUCCAGCUAACCCUGCUCUUCAAACACUCCUGCGUCACUGAUGUACGCCUUUCAUAAUGUUGCAUCAGCUGCUGCCAUGUUGCUUUUUUUGUUUACCUGCGGCUCCCUGACAGCGACUGUUUUGCAUGAGCUUCACUUAACAGGGAAUCUGUCGACACAAGAUCUCUAAAUAAUGUCACGGACGACUUGUAGCUCCUGAAAUUUAUCAGCAACUAAUUUAGUUGAUUUUUGACAAUUGGUGGUUCAAGCACACAGGUCGAGACUACUUAAAGUUUUUACACAAACCUCUCCUCUGUGCUCAGUCUGUCUGUUCCAGACACAUUUACACAUUGUGCAUCUAUCUGUAAGUGGUACCACAAGAGUUUUUAAAGUAUUGUAAAUUAUACUCAAAUUUUUAAGUUCUUUUUAUCUCAUCUUAAUUUUCCAUUCUGAAUUGAGUUUUCUCUGUGGUGGCAGUAAGAUGGAUCCACAGGUAUGAUGGAAGGCAGAGCAGAGAAACACACAUCAGCUGAGAUCAUUUAGAGUUUAAGGAAUCUGCUGAGGUGUGGCUGUGCCGACUUCUUUAGUGUAACUGCUGUGAAAGUAUCAGGAAAAAACACCUUCUCAUCCGUCUGUUUCUCUGAUAAGUUUUUCAUUUGCUGCUUACACUUUCAUUACUGGCACUCUGUGCUACUCCACCAGCACUACCUGCUCUCAUGUUUUGUCUCUUGGAAGCUAUUGGGUGCAAAAAUUAAACCUUUUCAAUAUUUUGAUAACUUCAGGUCCUGCUCAUUAAAUACUUUUUCAUGGUUCUCAUGUUGCAGUGAAGGCCAUAGUUGAGGAAAGUUAGGAAAUAGUUGAGUUUUUUUUUUCUUUUCAGGUUUUAAUGAUGUUUUUACGUGUCUUACGUAACACGACGCGUUAAGAAUAAAUUACAACAUCAUACGCUGGAGACACCUCUGGUUCAGAUAACAAGAGGAGACUUGUUCCUCGGCUGUAACAGGGUUUUUUUUUUACACCGCUGUUCUCUCUGCAGGUGUGUUCAUUCAGCAGCCAUGCUUUGGGUCACGGCAUCUACACGUUUGACAGGAGGCUUCAUCACCUGAGGUCGGCUCUCAGCAGCAUGCUGGAGCAGCACAUCAGUGCUCAUCUUUGGAAGUACGUUCAUAAACUUUGGUCAUGUUGUAUUUGGCACAAAAAUGUACACUUUUAGUGCUGGUUUCAAUUUUUUUUUUUGUUUUGCAUACUUUUAUUAACAUUUUCACCCUGUGUACAUCAGUCACAGAUAACACAAAUAUAAACACAUAAAGCAGUACACUAGCAGACUCCUACUCAAAAUCCCUCUCGCAUACACCAAAACUUGCUUUGGAAAAAUGCGCAGUGGUUUUACAACAAAUCCAAGAUAGAAAAAGAAAGUAAAUAAUAGCGAGUCAUAACGCAACAGUCAACUGAAAUAAAACAGAAUAAACUGAAAACAAAAAAACAAACAAACUAAAAACACGCACAAGUUCAGAGACAACAUUUGAAACAAAAACAUAAAUUCAUUGUUUCAUUCUUGUUUCAUUUUUAGACGUGAAAAGAUAAGGAGUAUGAUAGAGGAUGGUUAGCUAAACCUUCUCGUCUUCUCAUGAUUGCACCCCUCUGCAGUUUGGGUUUCUAUGCAGAUUUUGACACGCUAACUAUUUGAAGGCGACUUUGAUCAGAUGCUGCGUAUAUUGGUAACACUAGCAGAAGAACGGGAGUGUAUCUCACCGCUUAGUCACUGGAAGAUGAAGCAGAUGGUGUGUCCUGCCGCCCAGAAUAGCAGUGGUGAGGAGUCAGAGAAGUUGGCAGAGAGAUGGAGACUGAUUUCACAAAAUAUCAGCUGAUAUUGACUGCGAGCUUUUACAUGAUCAUAUGAAGACAUUUAAGACCGUUAGAGCCCUGCACCAUCGGGGUAACGAAGAAAUCUCUGCAUCACUGUGGUCGGAGAGUGGGGAGAUUUGUCCUUUGCCCACAAUAUGUAUUUUUUAAUAUAUCAACAUACUUUAUUUGAAAUUUACUCAGAUUUUCAGACAUGUUAUAUACUUUGUAAGGUUCUUUAGACCAAGAGCUACCAUACAAAGGUAGCUCUAGAGCCAGGCUUCUCCAAAAGUACCCCAAAUUGUGCACAGCUUACAUCAGCUGUGGUGAGAUAAUGGGCACAAACGGCUGACCCCCGAUCAGUUGAGAUCAAGAUCAGGACAUCCCAAUCAAAGUGCUAUGCUUGAUGUUGCAAAAGGCCUUUUAUCGGGGUUAAUGCAUUGUGAUAGUUUUUGUUGUGUUUGAAUCAGGGAUUGGCAAUGUAGGCUAAAACAAUAAUUACGAUCAGAUUUACCAUGUUGGUGAUAACGAUAAAGUCCAGAUAAAAAACAUUAUAAUUCCAAUCUAUAUUUUUGACUCAUUUUGUCUUGAGAACACCAGUUGGAGUAGUCAGGUAAGAUACUUAACCACAAGUUUGAGUGGCAGGUUAUAGAGGAAACUAAUGAUAUCAAACAAGCUUUAAAUGUGAAAACAUUUCCAACAUUUGUUAAAAACUCUUAUUGCACAGAGUGAACAGCAGCAGAUCUACUGUCCAAUAACAGGCAUACCUGAUUGUGCUCAUCUAAGUCCCAAUCUUGAAGGAAAUCCCUCAUGUGGAGCCUCGUUCAGUAACGAGCUGCUCAGAAAGUUUGAAUACUGAUCAAAAGUGCAAUAAUGCCCAAGAGGUUCCUGUUACGUAGGACAACAACGCAGAAUCUGCACUUCCUUUUUCAUUUUUAAUGCAAGGGCAAGAACAGUGUGUUCAAUCAAACAAAAGUUGUUUGUAAAUCAAAGAUUUUUAAAAAGUUUUAGUGGGUUAAACUCAUGUUGAGAGGCUGUCUACACCAUAAAAGUUCAAAAGAGAACCACUGUUUUGUUUCGCUCACUCUGCAUGGAAACUAUAUUUCAGUCGUUUUUGAGGAUCUGUGUGCACACAGAUCAUUUUCACAACAGUAUCAUAUGAAUGCAGCUUUUUUUUUUUAUGAAAAGAAAGACUUUCUUUUGAGAUGGGGGGCCAAGCUUGUUUAAACAAGAACUGAAACAGCAACUGCAUAAAAAUACAGUUGAUCCUACACUUAUAGUUUUCUUUUGUUUUGACCAGACAUGAGCAGAUUCUCAGACUUUUGUAUUUGAUGUAAUUUAUCAUCUCAUUUGGAAUAAGUCAAUAAGACGUAGGACUCCACUCUGUUAUUGUUACACUUGACACAUGCCAGUGAACAGUCAGCUAGCAUCAGUAACUCAUGAAGAGUUUUGAUGCCAGAGUUACUUAAAAUGGUGGAAGAGAGUUGAAGAAAGUUUUUCAGAUUAUAAGCAUCUUGGCUAAAUUUUGGUGAAGUAUAUUCCACUCAGGGAUUUGGUAAUAAAUACCUUUUUUUUUCUUUUUUUUUUCCAAAUUGAAUUUAUUUGAACAUGAACAACAAUUAAACAUAGUACAAAUUAAAGACAAAAACACACAAAAAAACAUACAAAAAAAAAAAACAGAAAGAAAACAAGAGUCAAAUAAUUUUGUCAUUUGCAUGUUCAAAAUGGAGUGGGAGGAAGUCGAAAUUUGUCCCGUCCCACCCCUUCACCUUACAUAAUUUAUCAUCAUUUACCUGCUUCCAGUUAAUAAUUAUAACAAUAAUCAUAAUAAUAAUCACAACAUAAACAAAACAACCAAAUAAUAUAUUAAAACAAAAAAUCAAUGAGGGUAAGAAUGAAUAAAUAAAUAAAUAAACAAGGAAACAAAUAAAAGGAAAAAAAGAAACAAUGUCAACGUUUCUGUCACACACUUUAAAUUCUGGUCACCUGAGGUCCUUUGUAUUGAUUUCUGUUUUUUUUUCUCUUCUUGCAGGAAAAUACCUCAAGCCACAGACCUCCAGUCUCCACCUCCCUCAGCCAGAACCUUCACCUCCUCGUCUCCCUCCUCUUCUCUACAUUCAAAGAUCCGCACAGGCAGUCACAUCAGCUCCUCUCUCAAAACUGCAUCAUCAUCAUCAUCAUCCUCCUCCUCCUCUGCCUCUUCCUCCUCCUCCGGUCGUGGUCCAGGGAGACCCUCCGCAGCUGCACCAUCGGAGAACUUGGGGGGCGGAGGCUGCAGCAUUACGGGUGGUCACAUGGGGUCUCCCAGUACACCUGUAUCAGGGCGUUCGGGGGGUUCUGGGAGACUUAAGAACCCCGUGGGACGUCCCAGCAAGCAGAUGCUCAAGCUGCGAGAGGAAGCUGCCACUGCUGCUGCCCUGCGGAAACGCAAGGCCCCGUCCCAGGAAGGUGAACACUCAGGCCCUGACAGGAACUGCAUACUCCUCCAGGACCGGGGCCGGCCUCCCUCCACUGCAUCCUCCUCCUCAUCAUCAUCUUCCUCUUCAAAACCCCCCAUUUCCUCACCUCUACCACAUGGACAGACCAAUGGCACUCUUUCUCCCAGCAGCAAACCCCGCCCCCAGCCCUCCCCCUCAGAAUCACACUCACCAGCCGCAAAAGCGGUCUGGACUUACAAACGAACACACACCCCUCUUGGCCACUCAUCACCCCCAGACUCCUCCUCUGCCACCAACAACUCCCACAGCCGGGGCGUCGUGGGGGACUCAGGACUGCAUGGACAGAGCGGUGGGAGGAGCUUUGAGCAGGGGCUGGUGAAGAAACGCAAAGGGGGCAGCAUGGAGGAGCACUCUCCUUCCUCCAAACCCUCAGCGCACCGCCUGCCCUCCUCCUCCUCCAGCUCUGCCACCUCCUCCACCCCGCGCUCCAACUUCUACCCCUGGAAGGACAGUAAAGGUGGGGGGCUAGCUGGAGGCGUGGAGAAGAAGCUGGGCACACAGAAGGUGAGUUUGAAAAUUGAAUAGCAACAACGCUAAGUCACUGAAAAGAAAAAUUAUGAACAAAAACCAUGAAAAACAAAACUCAUGACUGCAGAAGAACUUUUGUAUAACAGUCUGGCAGCUUACACACAGAUGUAGAGUGAUAAAAAAAUAAGUUUUAAUGUUUGUGGUUCCUCUGUGAUUAAAGAUGGUCAUCUUAACCCUCAGUUUUUAUACACACAUCACGCACACUACUCCACCUGGACCAUAAACAGGCCCACAACACAACUUCUGAGGUGUUCCUGCACCAUAUUAUCUGCUUCACCAGUGCCUCUUUCAGUAUUUGAUGUUGUGACAUUAAUCCUGACCUUUAGCUUCAGCAGCAUUUCGCAUUAUACAGUAUCAAAGUAAAGCUGUACGACUUCCCUGCAGUUCAUCAGUAUUUACACACUCCGUAUAAUGUCAACAUUGUUGAGCGCUCCUGACGUUGGCACAUUUACAUUAUUGGCAAAGUCUGUAAUUGACUUAAAUGUGCCAACAUGCCUGGUUGAGAAUACUAAGGUGCUUCACUACAGCUGCUUUCUUUCUGAGGGGGGCAUAACUCUCCACAGUAGCCUCUAUCUACAAAACUGCUGGAAAAUGAUGAAAUGAAGUCAAUGUACACAUCCUGUAAAGUUCCCUAAAGCACUGCAUAAAAAAAAUUAGGACAAACCCUGAAAAGUUAAUAUCUCUCCAUAACAUAGACAUUCAUUAAAGCUACAACACAGUUAAACUCUGUGCAUUGAGCUCAAUGCGGCUCAGGUGAUGUGUAUAUAAAGUGCUGCUCUUUUUAAUUUUGUGCCAAAACAUUUUUUUUUAAAGUUUCAGCCAAUGUUGCUGAAAAAGGUCAUGAAUUCCUUUUUUGAGUUUGAAUGUACAAAUCACAGUCAAUUUGCACCAGAUUUAAAACCAAAGGUACUUCCUGUUAUAAGAAAUGAUCAGAAGGCCGUAGCUAAAGUGUGAACACUGUGAUCCUCCCAAUUAUUGUCACUGUAAGAAAAAACAAACAUCAGAGCCCCAACACAAUUUUACAAUGAUGAUGUUCAUCAAUGAGAGUUCUUUAGUGUUACCCCAAGGCUCCUGUGAGGAGUUUUUAUUUUCACCAAACAGACGGAAAUUCACAUUAAUGUCCUUUUACGAUAAAUCAAAGCAUAAAGGACCAUCAGCAACAAAAUACACAUUUUUUAUGCCUGAAACAGGUGUGAGAGGGUAGGUGUCAGCAGAGCAGCUGAGGAAGCAGCCAUGUUUUUAUGAUUCCCACUUCAACUAUUUACAAUAUGUGAAACAUUUGACUCCACAGGUCAGCAGGAUGUUUUUUUUUGCCAGAAGUCACUGCUUAAGCAUGUAGAGUAUAAAAACAAAGACCACUUUGUCCACAGGGGGCGACAAAACUGAUCAAAUCAAAAGUUCCUCUCUGUAGCUUUAGCCUUUAAAAGUCUGGACUAAUCAUUAUUCAGCUGUUAGUCCGUGGGCUGACUUGUCUCUAACAAGGCCAGCUUCACUUCUGUCAGCUUUAAACAUUAAAACUUAAACUUCCUUUCUGUUGCCAUCACAACAGACCUUCUGAUUUGUUUUUGGAAAACUGUCUAAAAUCACAAAGAUAUUUUUAACAUAAGCUUUAGAAAAAUAUUUUUUUUGUCUUGUCCUUUGCUCUGUCUGUCCUUUUUUGACCUAGUGUGUUUAGUUUGAUUUAUUCUGCUCCUGGUUUUAUAUUUAUGACUACAUUUAUGAACCAGUUCUCAUAUGGAAGCACUGAUUUGAAUUUUCUUUUUCUCCGCAGCCAAAACUGCACCAUUAAGUGUGCCUGCCUUACAAGCCACUAUGAGGGAGCCAGCUCUGCUCGGUCCAAGACUGAGGCAACAGGACUCAAAUGUGUGUUUGUGCAAGUGUGUGUGAGUGUGUGUUUUGUCUACUGAGCAAACGCUCCAGUAUGAAUGUGUCAGGCUGUGUGUAUGUGCAGAGUUAGUGCAGUAUGGAUGCGUCGCUGUGUGAAUGUGUCGUCUGGAUGGAUGUCUGAGGGAGAUCUGGUAGUAGGAGGAUUGGCUGAAAUUCAGAGUAUGGAUAUAGAUAUACCUCAAGACCAUCCGGUUAUGCUGCUAAAUUAAAUAUGUUGGUUUAUAAAAAUGAAUUAAAAAUGUCCUUUACACUUUCUGUGACUCAUCUCUUACUGCUUCUCUGGUGAUAUUUCUGCUCUGAAAAUGUCGAUUUUCUUCCAUCUGUUAGGAUUUUAAAAUGAUGACUCCAUGAAUCUGAGACAUUAUCCCAACAUUAAGUUUCUUCAUCUGCCUUUUCCAAAAAUAAAUCCUAGUCCCACUCUAUUUUA